CCUAUCGAUCAGAUCAUUACCAAAGCUAGCGUUGAAUUGUUCAGUUAUUAUGGACUCUUGGAUGAAAGCACCUCUUGUGGCCAUUUUAAGUCUUGCAACUGCAAAGAGCCAAGCAAUUGGUAAUAUCUCUGUCAACGCUUUCAUCUCUUAUGAGGUAGCUCCUUGGAGUGUUGAGGAUGCCAAAAUCAAGGAAUUUGACAGUUUCUCAUCUGGAUGGUCCAAUAUGACAUGUGGAGCAAUCUGUGUCGCCACCAAUAAAUGCACUGGUUAUACUGUCGAUGGCAACAAAUGUUUACUUCUUGAAAGUUGGAGGUAUGCCCAUGACCCUGAACCUCAUGAGGCAGUGACAGUUUUCGGUCAAAAGUUGUCAGAACCAUCCCAGAUCAUGGUAGUUGGAGGACAUGAUAUGAUUAGAGGGAACGUUAUUGCCAAGACCGAAGUCGCGCUACUCGAUUUAAAAAACCAGAAGUAUUGCCCGGACCCUCCUCAACUGCCCUCUCCGAUUUUUGGGGCUCCCAGUCUUUUGGUUGGUAAUAAACUCUGGCUUCUUGGUGGAUUCCACGGGAGUAACAGUGUGAAAUUGGAGAUUACCGAAUUCGACUUCAAAACUCUGACGUGGGGAAGUGUCGGAGAAUUUCCCGAAAGACGGACAGACUUCGCUAGCGCCCAAAUUCGGGACUCAUGGGUGAUUGUAAUGGGCGGCUGGAAAGGCUCCGACUUUGCGAGCAACCACACAAUGGUCAUUUAUGCUAAUGGAACGCAAAAAGAUGGGCCACCCCUACCAGCAGGCUCCUACGGGCCUUGUGGCGGGGGUUUAGACGAGGAUCAUAUCAUUUUAGUAGGCGGCAUCUUCGGUCGAAGUGGAAAAGAAACUCAUGUCUUGAAUUGGCCAAGUCAGCAAUGGGAGCGGAAGGCUGACACCUCUCUUGAGACUUAUAAUGCUGCUUGCGAGCGAUUCACCAACAAGCACAAUCAAAUCAGUUUUAUGGUUGUGGCAUCUACCUUUGAUAAGCCGUUCAUCUACACUUGGGCAACCGACACGUGGCAUUUCGGAGAAGCCUUUGCCACCAGUCUCUACAAAUCUGUGUUGUUUAAUUUUGAUGGGAACCUUUACACUAGCGGAGGCGGAGGAUCAUUGUCCAAUUGGAAUCAGGAUGUUCUGACUGACAUUUUUGCAUUCAAUCCUGAGAACGAGACUUGGAGUCAAUACCCAUUGGAUUUGAAAAUACCAAGGCGGGCGCAUUCAAUCCUCAAAAUACCUGCAGGAAUAUUUGACUGCUGACUUUUACUUUCAAACUAAAUGGGUACUUUUCAUUGUUUUUAAUUGAGGAAAAAUUGAUUGAGAGAAAACAUAUUUUAUCAGUGCAAAGCAUAAGCCAAUCUCUCGUCUGUUAAAAGUCUUUACAUGUUAAAUGAAAUUCUGAAUUUUUUAGACCCUGCGGCCCUAUUGACACCAUUACCCAAAGCCGUGGCAAAAUGUUCAAAUGAACAACAUAAUGUUUUUUAUCUUUAGUCAUGUAUGUCUCUACCUUAAAAUAAAAUCCUUCUUGUCACAUUAGUAUUUCAGAUUUUAGUUUAAAUAUCAAGAGCUGAAAUUAAAAGGGAAGUGCUUCUUCCCCGUAUCAUAUUUUGCGAAAACAAAUUCAUCUGGUUUGUAUGUAUGCUGGCACUUUUUAAAUCCUUCUCCCGAAUGUACGUUGUGGAAUUUGGUGUCGAUGUGCUUGGCUCAAUUGUGUUGCUCCAGUUUCUUUGUCAAACUGAUCGCUGGAAUGUUGUCUUUGUAAAUUGUAAUGGUUUUUUCCUCACGACCACUGAUCUCUCCAAUCACAUGUCGAAGCCAGACAGCUUGGGAUAUUAUAAUUUUU